UGCAGAGCCAACGCGUGCGACAGAGCCUUCUAUUUAGAAAUAGAAUAUAUGAUAUGAUAGGUCUACCCAUAAUGGCGUUUUUGCUAAAUACGUUUUGGAAACGAAUCAAUAUCAAGUUCUUACAUUUUAUCCACAAACCCUUUCCUCCCUCUCCAUAGUCUUCCCUGGCUGUAUCCUCAACCUAAGCAGGACCAAUGGAGGUGUCUCAUUCGAUCAGGGAGCGGACCAUAGCAGAGAACAGCCUGGUGAUCCUUCUCCAGGGGCUUCAGGGGGAGGUGACCAACGUGGACCUGAGGGAUGAGAGCACAGCGCAGGGACGUGUGGUCAAUGUGGAUGCCUUCAUGAACUUGCGUCUGGAGGAGGUGAAUGAUUGGUUGAUUUUGGGGUAAAACUGUUUUUUACAGUUAGAAACAAUAAUGUUAAAGUACAAAUAACCCCAGAGGAUGACACAUGGAAGCGUUAAAUACACGUAUUUCCAAUGUUCACUCCUCAUAGUGAUGUUGAUAUGUGUUUGCAUGAUUUGAUUUGAUUUUAUGUAUUUAUUUAUUCUAUGUGGAAGCAGCAGCACACUCUUCAAUUGUCCAAGACGAAUUUCCCCUUGGGGACAAUAAAGUAUAUCCUAAUCCUUCCAAUGUGGUCCUCAACCACAGGUGCUGUACCGGGACCGUCGCGGCCGGCUCAGUCAGCUGGCCGAUCUGUUUAUCACGGGCAGGAACGUGCGCUACGUCCACAUCCCCGACCACGUGGACAUCAUGGAGACCAUACAGACCCAGCUGACCAGGAUCAGACGCGUUCGCAACUUUGCCAGCGAGAAAGGGGGCAGGAAGGAGUAUCUAAAGAAAAAGAACUGAACUUGGAAGUGUGGAGGACGUUGUGUUGGCCCCAAGGGGCUGACCUUCUCUAGCCUGAGUUUCAGCUCCUUGUUACUCAUGGUAAUGCCAAACGUGUGGCUUGACAAUGAGCAAUGUAGU